GCCAGAGUUUCCAGAGGAAUUAAAUAUCAGACGGACCCACUUCCUGUUUUGAUUUAUUUCCCUCCUGUGUCCGAAGGAAAGAUGAUGACACCGCUGUUCUCGUUUCUCGUUACCUAACUCCAUCUUUUUGUUUGUUUGUUUGUUUACUUCUCCCAGGCGUUACAUAUAAAGCAGGUCGUCAUGGCUCUGAGUUCGGGGGUUUGGGCUCCGGUUUUUCCGUCUCCGGCGCUCCAGCAGGGCUCGGGUUCGGGCUGCGGUACGGUGCUGAUGUCGGUGCGGGUGUCGGUGUCGCGGGCGACGCUGCGAACUCUGCGGUCGCUCCGUUCUCCCGGUGUCUGCGAGGAUGACGCGGCUCUCCGCCUACAGCUCAGCAUGGACCCGAACCGGCCCGGAGACUUCCGCCUCACCCUCAGAGACUCCGGCAGUAACGGCAGGAUCAUGUCUCUGGCCGAGUUCGAGCUGUGCGCCGUGAGGUACGAGAUCAAAUCACCUCGCUGCCACGAACUGUGCGUCAUCAAGCCGCCGCACGACACGCUGACCUUCACCUUCCGCAGCGAGCAGGAGGCCCAGGAGUGGGCCACCGUCAUGAUCUCGUCACUGAGGGAAGCCCACAGAGUCGCAGGCAUCGCCUCGCAGCCCACCGAGGACUCGGUAGACUAUCUGAAACCUGUCGAGCAGAGCGCAGCCUUGUCAUUAUCAGCUAAAGAGGAGCUGUGUGCUGAGCUGGCCAGAGCCAUCGAGGCCGGGGACGCUCAGGCGGCGGUGCAGCACGCCACGUCGCUGGCACACCAGCAGAUUCCGCUCACCAUCCAGCCGGCUCGAAAGGACUCCGAAGACGGAGAGAUCAGCUUGGCAGUUGCGGUUGAAGACGCCACGUCGUCCUGUUGCGUCACGGUUAAAGUCGCCCCACACAUGACUGUGGCGUCUCUCAAGCAGCAGAUGUUUGCCGAAUACGGUUUCCACCCGCGAGUGCAGCGCUGGGUCAUCGGUCAGUGUUUGUGCUCUGAGCAGCGCUCGCUGGUGUCGUACGGCGUGUGUCGAGACGGAGACACGGCGUUUCUCUACCUCCUCUCAGCGCGCCACGCCCGCCUUAGCCGUCUGCAGUGCCAGCAGGACCAGGAGAGCGCCCUCCUCACACCCACGCCCAAACCGGCGCCGACCCUGGCACCGGCCAGUCACGACUGGAGAGGCUACAGCACGCUGCCGCCCCGACUCCAUCACUCCAACACAGGGGGCGGGGGCGGAGCUGGGAAGCACAGCAUCAGUGACAGCAUGAACCUGGAAAGACUGCAGCUGGGUGGACCCGGGCUUGGCUGGUCGUGUCCUUCGUGUACAUUUAUAAACAAGUCGACGAGGCCCGGAUGUGAAAUCUGCAGUACAGAAAGACCCACUCGACCGGAGCUCAGCGCAUCCGAGGACGCGGCUCUUCUCCUAUAAAAGGUUCUUCUCCGAACCACACUGUGAACUUUUUCAGCCGCGAGGAGGCCAGUAUGGACAUGGAAAAACGUAUCCAUGCACACACAUUCACCUGGCACAGGAUUCAAUGUGCUGAGUGAACCGAGGUGAGAGAAAAAAAAUUGGAAAAGCCUCCCUGAACUCUAGGAACUCCCUGACCUAUCUAGGAACCUCUAGUGCAUGCCAUGUGCCAUGUUCUUUUACUUGAGCCAGCAUCGCUCAAAGACGUUUCGGUCGCAUCUGAUGACGAGGGAAUGAUGACGCGGAGGAUGAAACUUCACUGCAGAGAUCCUCAAACAAACAUCAGCUGCUUUACCUUUGUCCGUAAAGUGCAGCAUCUCUACAAAUAACCAGCAGUUUGAACUUUUCUUUAAAGUACCCCUGAACCUGAUUAUUUUUCUUCUUUCUUUUAUUAAGCAAUAAAACAUGCGCGUAAAACAGAGGUGGCACGCUGUUGCAAGAAAAUCAUCAGUGGCAGGGUGGCGUGAUGAAGCGGAGUUACUGUUAACACCAUGGCGUUGAUUAUUUUCCCAAUAACACCACUUCCUGAAGUGUUUUAUUCCUCUUGCACCACAGUACGUUUUAUAAAGAGUGACACGUCGUAGUUGUUUCCGUUUAGAGUUACAUUUCACGUAGCCGAACAUCUGCAACACAAGUUCCUUUUCUGGCUUACAUUACAGCAGCCCUAAACGCUCUUUUCAUCUUUCUUGAAGUUAGGAAAACAGCUCGUCGUGUUGCCAAGAAACUCCUGUGUCCCGUGCCGGCAAUCUUCCUGACCAGAAUUGUUACAAGUCUCCUGGGAAAAUUUCUCGCUUAUCAGCAGUUUAGACGUCUUUUGUCAAAUAACACAUUUUGAAUCCGUUCGUUGUGAGUUUUAGAUCGUGUGGAACGUCCAUUAUUCAAGUCCAUGCGCAGGCUGUUACUAUGGAAACAGCAGCGUAUUCGAACGAGCAGUGUCAGACCUACGUUUAAAGGAAAGUACUUGAUAACCUACCGACCAAUCAGAACCGAGAAUUCAACGAGCGCCAGCACAAAAUAAGCCCGAUAGCUUGAAAAUCUCACGUCCGCUAUCCAAAGGAUUAUGCUAAAUUAAUUGAAGAGAAUACGAUACUCGGACCAAUCGAGACUCGGUUACUGGAAUCCCACUUGGCUGAUGGUAGAGGAACAAGAUGGCGCUUCAAUUAUUCGGAAGGAAAAAAAACAAACAAACAGUUCAAUUAAAUUUGAAAGUACGACUGUUUGCGAUGGUUUUCAUGAACAAUAUUAAACCCGUAAAUUAUUAUUAAACUGUAGCAUGUUCACAAAAAGCUGAGGAUUAGUAAUACUGACGCUGACACGGGGGAGGGGCGUUUCUAAUUUGUGCAUUAAUGCAUAAAUCCAUGCAUGUAUAGAGAUGUUCCCAGACCUGUUUUUUUUUUUUUUUUAAUCAUUUGUAAUACGACCUGUUCAGGGAUACUUUAAAUAAGAGGCACACUUGUAAUCUUUUCACUCGUAAAUGUUAUCGAUCAUAAUUUCUGCCACCAUCUCGUCUUCACCCGCAGACCGCAGUCGAAUACUCAUUCAAGCGAUUUUUGUUUGGCGAAUGAAUUCGGUUUCUUUUAUUUAACGUUUUAUACUCAUUAAGACCAUAGUAGGAUUUUUAUUUGAAAUUUUUUAAAAAGAAACAAACUCUGGAUUAGUGGAUGCCGCGCCACCUUACGAGUGUACCGUUUUUAUUAAAGCUUAUUAAUGCAUAUUUCAAAAUUAGAAAUUGACCACGUUUGCAAUAUUGUUGCAGUUCCCGAAUCGUAUUCCGAUGAGACUGAAAUCCUACGAAGCUCUUAAUUACUGAUUGCUUUGUUUUUCUGUUUUGUACUGUUUUCUUGUCCAUAAAACGAUUAUUGCAGAUAGUUACUGGACCUCAUUCUGGCCUCAUGUCAGCUUGUUGUUGUUAAUAAAUGAUUAUAAGUCAAGAUACGGGAGCCUGAUGUAGCAGCUCAGUAAAAUGCUCUUCCACCAGCCUUAAAUAGAGGGGGGGGAAACAACCAAAACCUGUCUGAUAAGAUUCAGUGUUUUACUUGUGCCACACAAGCUCAUGAUUGUAAAUGAUUACAUUUAUUAUUUUAAUUGAGUAAAUUAUAUUUGGUGUUCAUUUUAUGGACAAUAAAAUUAAGAUGAGAACAAA